AUGAGGGCGGGCGGGGAAGCGCCGCACCAGGUGCUGGGCCGGCUGCGGUUCCUGCUGCAGUGCAGCGAGUGCUUCCGCCGCGCCCGGGCGCUGCCCGCCGCGCUCUGCUACGUGCCGCGGGAGGUGCAGUACAAGAUCUGCAAGGACCCCUCGGCCGCCGCGGCCGCCGCCGCUCGCAGCCUGCUCAGCGUGUGGGACAGCCCGGGGCCGGCGCGGGGCGGCAAGCGGGCGGCGCGGGCCACGAUCGAGGUGCGGAAGGGCGGCUGCCUGCGCGCCACCGGCGAGGAGUACUGCAACAGCGCCGGGCUCUGGGUCAAGCUCAGCAAGGAGCAGCUGGAGGAGUACCGGAGCGGCUGCGAUCUUGAGGAGGGAUGGGUGCUGGUGUGCAAGCAUGCCGACGGCGGGGACCGGCUGGUGCCUGUGGAGUCCACGGAGCGGAUCCAGCGGCAGCAGCAGCUGUUCGGGGUGGAUUACAAACCCGUCAUCAGAUGGGAGCAGGUGGUGGAUCUGACAUACUCCCUGCGCCUCGGAGCAAAGCCCAGGCCCAUGGAGCAGGAUGAGGCUGCAGUAGAGAAGCUUCGGUUUGUGCCCCCAACAUGGACUUACGAAUGUGAUGAGGACCUGGUGCAUUUCCUGUAUGACCACAUUGGGAAGGAGGAUGAGAACUUGGGCAGCGUUAAGCAGUACGUGGACAGCAUCGAUGUCUCAUCCUACACGGAGGACUUCAAUGUGUCAUGCCUGACCGAUAGCCAUGCCGACACAUACUGGGAGAGUGAUGGGUCCCAGGGCCAGCACUGGGUGCGGCUCAACAUGAAGAAAGGCACCAUUGUCAAGAAGCUGCUGCUGACAGUGGAUACCACUGAUGAGAACUUCAUGCCCAAGCGGGUCGCUGUGUAUGGGGGCGAGGGGGACAAUCUGAAGAAACUGAAUGACGUCGGCAUUGAUGAGAGCUAUAUUGGGGAUGUGUGCAUCCUUGAGGACAUGACAACACACCUGCCUGUCAUUGAGAUCCGGAUUGUGGAGUGCAGAGAUGAUGGGAUUGAUGUUCGUAUCCGAGGCAUCAAAAUCAAAUCUUCUCGACAGAGGGACUUGGGGCUCAGUGCUGACAUGUUCCAGUUGCCCAAUUUGGUGCGUUACCCUCGCCUAGAAGGGACUGACCCUGACCUGCUGUACCGACGGGCUGUGCUCAUUCAAAGGUUCAUCAAACUCCUUGACAGUGUCCUGCAUCACUUGGUGCCCGCCUGGGACCACACUGUUGGCACAUUCAGCAAGCUCAAGCACAUCAAGCAGUUCUUGCUGCUGUCCAAGAAGCGCACAGCUCUCAUUACCCAGUGUCUGAAGGACUCGGAGACCAGCAAGCCCAACUUCAUGCCUAGACUCUACAUUAACCGACGCCUGGCCAUGGAGCACCGGGACAACCCUGCCCUGGACCCCAGCUGCAAGAAUGCUGUCUUCACCCAGGUAUAUGAAGGUCUGAAACCCUCUGACAAGUUUGAAAAGCCUCUAGAUUAUAGGUGGCCGUUGCGUUAUGACCAGUGGUGGGAGUGCAAAUUUAUCGCAGAGGGCAUCAUCGACCAAGGUGGUGGUUUUCGGGACAGCCUAGCAGACAUGUCAGAGGAGCUGUGCCCCAGCUCAGCAGACACCCCUGUGCCUCUGCCCUUCUUCGUGCGCACAUCCAACCAGGGUAAUGGCACCGGAGAAGCCAGGGACAUGUAUGUCCCCAACCCCUCUUGUAAAGACUUCGCAAAGUACGAGUGGAUUGGGCAGAUCAUGGGAGCAGCUCUGAGGGGCAAGGAGUUUCUGGUCCUGGCUCUUCCUGGCUUUGUAUGGAAACAAUUAACAGGGGAAGAGGUCAGCUGGAGCAAAGACUUCCCUGCUGUGGACUCCGUGUUGGUGAAGCUGCUGGAGGUGAUGGAAGUCAUGGAUAAAGACACCUUUGAGUUCAAAUUUGGGAAUGAGCUGACCUACACCACAGUGCUGAGUGACCAGCGCAUGGUGGAGCUGAUCCCCAACGGCAGCAACACCGCUGUGCGCUACGAGGACCGCAAGGAGUUCAUCCGCCUGGUGCAAAAGGCUCGGCUGGAGGAGAGCAAGGAGCAGAUCAUGGCCAUGCAGGCUGGGCUGCUGAAGGUGGUGCCCCAAGCUGUUCUUGACCUCCUUACAUGGCAGGAACUUGAAAAAAAGGUCUGUGGAGAUCCUGAAGUCACAGUGGAUGCCCUGAAGAGGCUCACCCGGUUUGAGGACUUUGAGCCGCAGGAUACCCGCGUUCAGUACUUCUGGGAAGCACUCAAUAACUUCACCAAUGAGGAUCGCAGCCGCUUCCUCAGAUUUGUCACUGGCAGAAGUCGCCUUCCAGCACGGAUCUACAUCUAUCCAGACAAGAUGGGCUCAGAGACAACAGAUGCUUUGCCAGAGUCAUCCACUUGCUCCAGCACUCUCUUCUUGCCGAACUAUGCCACAAAACAUCUUGUCCUCUCAACUGGAAAAUGCAGCAAUAGCAGCUCCUCCUUACCUUUAUCAUUUUUUCCUUCCUGCCAUCCCUAGAGCCAAGGUAUGUGAAGAGAAGUUGCGCUAUGCUGCCUAUAACUGCGUGGCCAUUGACACAGAUAUGAGUCCAUGGGAAGAGUGAUGUUGCAGCCUUACCAAGCAGCAUGGACAAUUGUUCAAGAAAACCAUGCAGUGGGAAGCAUUCCCUUGUCCCCACGGGAUAUGUAUAUAUAAUAAAUAUAUAGGUGUGAAGCCUGGCUCCCAGCAGUUGACAUGGAGGGUUGGGUCUUCAGCGGGGUGGGAGCUAGCUUGGAUUGUAAAUGUGAUUGCGAUGAUGGAACCCUGGCUGAGCCCUCAUGCAUCAAAAAGCUGGCAGGCUUUUGUAAUUAGUUUCUUCUCCACGUCUUCCUGUAGCUCCACAAUGCUCACUCCUUCCAGGCUGUACUUUGCUCAAACAAAAGUGGGCUAAGGAGACAAAGCUGCACAGCAGCUUGCAGCAUAGGACAGAGAACUGAGCUGCUGCUGAGACUAGGGGGUUGCCAAGAUGCUCAGUGUGUCCUGGUCAUACUCUGUUGCCUUAUUCCUGCUCUCUCAUGAGGUCAGUGGAAAUUAGAUCACUCACCUAGGAUUGAGAAGAAUGGGGCAGGCUGGUGGCAGGUGCUGCAGGGGUGCCUUUGGCCACCAGGUGUCAUAACAGACCUGCACAGCGGGACUGUAGGUGAUUCCAAAGGGACUCCAUGCUUUUACAUCACACAAAAUCUGAGUUCCUGUCAUUCCUGGCACCUCUUACACAGCAGCAACUGCAGGGGAAGCUGCUUCCUCACAGUGAGUGGGAACUGUCUGCUUCCCUUUAGUUCUUUUACUUCUGCAUCCAGCAUGCUGAUGGCCUUGCAGCUGUUCUCCCAGGCUUUUUUAGCCUCAGUUUAUCCCUGAACUGACAGUAUUACAGCUACUCUCUUCUAGUCUCAUGGAGAUCUGCCAUCAGGGCCAAGUUCAUCUUCCAGACUGCAGAGAUUAAAGCAGUAGCAGGCAUGGCAGUGCCAGGCUCUGCUCCCCUCCUCUCAUCCAUGGGAAAGGACAUGGAGGUUUCAGGUGAAUAGGAAAAGCGUUUGCCCUAGGCAGUGUAGAAACCAGAUACCAAGAGUUGGACAUAUGCUCUGUGAGGGAGGAGUGGGCUAUAAAACCUUCACAACUAUUUGGAAGUAUUUGUUGAUCUUCCCAGCUCUGGGCAGGGCUGGUCAUUGCCUAGCACUGGGAGCUGCUUGAUGUUAGUCUGCAUUUAUACCUCCAGCUCCAUCUUCAGCCUGAGUGGUCUGUUGGACCUCCACUACUGUGAGUCACAGGAUCACUGGGAUUGCACUGGAGUGGGGCAGAUGCUGUGAGUUAAGAUUAAUCCUGUCUUAAUGUUUCAUGGCUUUUUCUCCUCUGUUGAAGGAGUCUGUCAUCCAGAAAUCACUUCCAGUUGUAAACAAAGUCCUUCCCUUCGUGAGUUUCUUUUGAAAUGUGUAUUCCUAGAUCUGCCGAGGAGAGUUGUUACUAAAAGGGAUGUAGGACCAGGAAUGAGCAUGUGCUGCCAUCUCCUGCAUCAUGGUGAGUGGAGAGAGCACAGGGUGAAUUAGAGAAGCUGUUUAUGGCAGCCCUUGCCUGCAGCAGGGCCUUUCAUGCUCAGCUGGGUGGGUGUGAAGUCCUAUCUGCUGGAGGAGGUCUUCUGUAAAUCCUAGAGCUGUUCCAGAAUUGAUCUCUGUGGCUUUGUGGCCGAUUUUAGCCACCAGUGUGAAUGGGAACAGGAGCAGAACCAGUGAGAUACUUUUCCGUGCUGGCGGCUGAGUCACUUCCUAGGGUGUCUGUUUUAAAUGGGCAUGAGUAAGCUGGUGAAAGGACUUUGAUCUGCUGGCUUGCCCUCAGUCAGGAGCGUUGAGAAAGAAGCCUGCAGCAGUGAGCUGGGCUUUGAAAUAAGCCAUCAGAAAAGGGACUGACAUUGGGAUGGAAUUUAUACUGCUUUUUCCAACCUUGUCCUCUUACUUCUACUGGACUUCAGCAGGAGGCCACAUUAUUUACUGAGCAGAAUUAGAAGAAGCAAUCAAAUAGACUCUUCUCUUUAUUGCUGGGCAGGGGUUGGUUGGUUGGUAAGUAGUUCAGGGUGGGAUGGAUAAGAUGGCCCUAGUCUCUGGUGGAGGGUGAGCUGAUGUCACCUGUUGGAAUGGGCAGGUUAGGAGCCAGCUAGGGCUGUUUGGGGUGAUCAGUUUUAGGGGAACAAGCACCUCUGGCUCCCCCGCCCUUGGAAGCAACUGCAGCUGAAGGAGGGUAACUGAGGCAAUUACAGAUAUCCAAAUACCCAGAACACUUAGGUUUCUCACUGAGAUGUGUUUAGACAGCUCUGUUCCCUCUCAUUAUCCAUGUACACAGCCCCAGCCUUCCAUAAUGAGGAGAGAGCUGCUGUGCAAGGCGACGCUGAGAGCAGAACCUGGCUGAAGUGGUGGGAUCCUUCCCUAGAAGCAUUGUGGCACCUCUGGGGAUGCUCAAGACUUUUUAUACAGCCCUGGGCACUGUGAUCAACCUUCCAGUCUCAUCCUGCUGGCUUUAGAUCUAGGCCCUCCCUAACCUGAAGCUCUUGAUGACUAUGGAGUUAUCAACUAAUUUUUCCCAUGCUUCCUGAAUUUCUCUACUCUUCCUUCCAGCAAGGUCUUUUAGCGUUUGAGACCUCUUAUUUCCUGCCACUGAGUGCUGCCCAAGGGCUUGCUGGAACUCUGGGGAAAGGAUCAAGCUGGUGACAGGGAUUUCUGUUUACAAAAUACUUGUAGUAACAAGACCUUGCCCCUAGCAGAAAGGGAAUCACCCAGGAUGGUCUGGAUUUAACUCCUACAAGCAUACUGAGAAAAACAUCUUUUUACCAUAUAAGCCAUUGUUUUACUGUCUAUUUUGCGUUAUCACCGUGUGCAUGUUGGAGAAUUGCAGGAAUUGCUGUGGUUGUGUACUGGGGUGGAGAGACCCAUGAAAGCCCCUCUAGUAGGGAGAGGAGCCCAUUGCAGCAGUGAGAUUGUUUGGUGCAUGGUCAGAGGGUCUGGAAAAACAUGGCAGCUGUGAAACAAUGCCAAGAUAACCCACUGAUUGUGCUGUUGAGUUUGCUGUGCAAAGGUAAGCUGGAAAUGGGGAGCUGGGACCUGGCCUGGAUGUCCGCUGCAUGGUCCUCUCCUCUGCAUAGUUUUAAAGCAAAUCAAAAACUGAAUGUCUGCUGUGACAGCCCAGAAAAUUGUGGAAAAGGUCAGCCUGGCUCAACUCUGACCAAUCUCAGGGGCCAAAAAUAGGUGUUAAGUCAGUGCUGGGUCACAUUUCUUCUCUGCUGUCUAAAGCUGUGGGUAGGAACUGUCUCCUAUCGUGUUUCACAAGGCACAAAUCAAGUGCCCCUGCCCUGGAGUCCUGCUGCAUGUGGCCUGGGGCAAGAGAGUCCUGAGUAUCAGGAAGCAGCAGCUGCGUGUCCUCGCCCCAACAACCAGUCUCAAAUCAGUGGAGAUCGAUUUUCAAGCCAGUGCCAUCCUAAGGAAGGUGCUGGUGUCUCUGUGCUGCUAAGGAGCAUCUCCACAUGCCAGAGCUGCAGCUCUACAGGGUGGGUAGGGGUGAGCUGGGGGAGGGAGUGAUGUCAUCAUGGUUCCAUGUAACCACUUGCUCUCUCCUGCCUUCAACUUGCUGGAUUGUGAUAGAAUAGUUUCAGGUGAUUAAUAACACACAUGUAGUCUAGCUGUUCUUGUUAUGCUACUAUUACCCUGGAGUAUGACAAACUCUUAGUAGUUUGACAGGUUGUGUCUGUCCCUGCCUCGUGUAGGAUCUAGAAUAAAGUGAAUGAACUAACUGC